AUGCACCCUGAAGCCCAUCCCCAUCACCAUUCUUACAACAAUAGCCUGCCUUACCCUUCUUUGUACUUGAAAGGAAUGAGGAAGGGAAUGGAUGAGGAAGCUUUCUUUACAGAAGCUUCUGGGACUGUGAGAAGCUUCAUUAAUUCAUUUACGCCAUUGACCGCGAGUUCAUCAAAUGACUACUCUUAUUUAAAGCAUCAAAGCCUUAAAUCAAAAGAACAGCAACAAGAUCAGCAUGGGUUUGUCCUGGGCACUGGGCAGUGA